UUAUAUAUGUAAUAUGGGGUAGACCUAAGUUAACAUGCGCCGACUAGAGGGUGGUUGAGUAUUUUGUAUGUCAGUUCCGAAAUACACACGAUUGAGCUAGCUCGGUAUUUCAUUGCUGCUCCUAGAUAUAUCUUAAGGACCUUUCCAGUAUUCCCUAGUUACAUAUACAAUAAUCUGGCGACGAGUCGUGAUCGAAUCAGCGAGUGCGCGAACGUGGUUGAGUGAUAUCUUGUGCGAACAGAAUGGCAAAGAUGUCGGUUGGCAAGAUGGACGCGUUUGAUCGGCAAAAAGACAAUUGGGCGACGUAUAUAGACAGGCUGGAGCAGUAUUUUAUCGUUAAUGAGGUGCAAGAGGACCGCAGAGUACCAUUAUUAAUUACCGCGAUGGGAGCAGAUAGCUACGAGUUAUUAGUAACCCUGUGUACUCCGACUAAGCCAUCAGAAAAAACCUACAGUGAACUUGUCAAACUUAUGUUAAAUCAUCUGCAACCGCGGCCGAGUGUUUUAGCGGAAAGAUAUAAGUUUCGUCAACGCAAGCAGUCUAAACAUGAAUCGAUAGCGGAUUUCAUUGCGGACUUGCAAAGGCUAACUAAAUAUUGUGAUUUUGGUACGUGGUUGGAUGACAGCUUGCGAGAUCAAUUUGUAUGUGGAUUGUAUAAUGAGACUAUUCGACAGCGGUUAUUUACGGAAAAUGAUCUGAAGUUUGCUAAUGCUAAGGGGUUGGCAAUAGCGAUGGAGGCAGCAGAGGUAAAUGCGGCAGCUGUAGAAAGUCGAGGUCGUUCAUCAGCGAAUGACGCCACGGCGCCGUGUUUUUCUAUAAGCAACGAAAAAAAAUCAAAUUUCAAGACGCCAUCACGGAACAGCCGAAGUUAUCCGAAACGGGACGAGCAGACCAAAAUAGUUAGCAACGAAGUUAACCGAUGGAGGCCGAACGGACAGCGGCCGAACAAUAGUUACCUGACGGCAGCCGCGCGCAAUUAG